GUGGGGCUGCGCGGCGCCGGUGGGAGCUGCGCGCCCGGCCGUGGGGGCCCCGCGCCGGCGGGGGCGGGGGGCUGCCCCCGCCGCCUGCCUUCCUUUCCUCCCYACCUCCAUUCCCUUCCCCUCCUGCUCCCGCCCGGCCCGGCUCCGCUCGGCUCGGCGCUGUGAUUGGGCGGAAGAUGGCGCUGGGCGGAUGGAAAUCCUAAUGACAGUCUCCAAAAUCGCCUCCAUCUGUACCAUGGGCGCCAAUGCCUCAGCUUUGGAGAAAGAGAUUGGUCCGGAACAAUUUCCAGUCAAUGAGCACUAUUUUGGUUUGGUUAAUUUCGGGAAUACAUGCUACUGCAAUUCAGUUCUCCAGGCACUUUAUUUUUGUCGACCAUUUCGAGACAAAGUCUUAGCCUACAAGAGUCAGCCAAGAAAAAAAGAGAAUCUCCUUACAUGCUUAGCUGAUCUCUUCCACAGUAUAGCCACACAGAAGAAAAAAGUUGGAGUAAUACCUCCCAAGAAAUUUAUAACAAGAUUACGAAAAGAAAAUGAACUUUUUGAUAACUACAUGCAGCAGGAUGCACAUGAAUUCCUAAACUAUCUGCUGAACACAAUCGCGGAUAUCUUGCAAGAGGAAAGGAAACAAGAGAAGCAGAACGGGCGCCUCCCUAAUGGCAACGUGGACAGUGAAAACAACAGCCCACCAGAUCCCACCUGGGUGCACGAAAUCUUUCAGGGAACCUUAACUAAUGAAACCAGAUGUCUUACUUGUGAAACUGUAAGCAGCAAAGAUGAAGACUUCUUAGACCUUUCAGUUGAUGUGGAGCAGAAUACUUCAAUCACUCACUGUUUAAGGGGUUUCAGCAACACAGAAACUCUGUGCAGUGAGUACAAGUAUUACUGUGAAGAAUGUCGCAGUAAACAAGAAGCUCAUAAAAGGAUGAAAGUUAAAAAGCUGCCUAUGAUUCUAGCUCUCCAUUUGAAGAGAUUUAAAUACAUGGAUCAGCUGCAUCGAUACACAAAACUCUCUUAUAGAGUAGUUUUUCCUUUGGAGCUUCGUUUAUUUAACACCUCAGGAGAUGCCACCAAUCCUGACAGAAUGUAUGACCUUGUUGCUGUGGUAGUUCAUUGUGGAAGUGGCCCUAACAGAGGACAUUACAUUGCAAUAGUGAAGAGUCAUGAUUUUUGGUUGCUUUUUGAUGAUGAUAUUGUUGAGAAAAUUGAUGCACAAGCUAUUGAAGAAUUCUACGGGUUGACAUCAGACAUCUCAAAGAACUCUGAGUCUGGUUACAUCCUCUUCUAUCAGUCUCGGGACUGAGGGGAGCUGCUGUAAAGAGAGAUUUUUGUGUCUCACAUCUUCUCUACCGUGGAAUGGAGCAAGCACUGGAGAGAAGGAAAGCAGGGAGCUCUAGGGGCAAUAGCACAGUUUGCACACAACUACGUAAGGAGUUUGGGAUUCUUAAAACUUUUGUAUAAUUUUCAUUUUAUUUGCUCAGGUAUCAUGCUGAUUACACAUCUCCACUGCAUCCCAUAAGCAAAAAGAGAGAUACCAGCCACUCUUGCAGGAGCUUUUCUUUGGGGAAUACUAUCUCUGUGGUCCUUGUUCAAAGGCCAUUGAAGCCUUUUAUGGACUUCAGUGGCCUUUCAAUCAGGUUCUCGCUGUGCUGCCAAAUUGGUGCAGUUAGGAGCAUGAGAAAUCUGUAUUUUAUACAGAUUUUAUACAGACUUCAUGUACAAAAGGUAAAGGAUUCUCUGUGAAGUUGGUUUCCUGUGCUUAAGUUUGAAAGAAUGAGGUUUGGAGGGUUAAUAUUAAGCAAGAAAUUAUGUCUGGGCCCAACACAAUUGCCUUCUUGAUGGAAGUGGUUUAACUGAAGGUGUAAACUGGUGUCAGGGAGGCAAGGAUGCUUUGCUUCUCUGAAGAAGCUUACAUUAUUUAUAAUGUGUGGUCGGGAACAAUCAGUCAAGAUUAUGGCUUUUAAUCUCCGUAUGGGGAAGGAUUUGGUUUGUAAUAGCUUAUUUUUAUUUAUAAAUUAUUGUAACUUAGGAUCUUGUGUAUUGUCGUUUAUUCUAACAAGUAUUGGAAAUUUUAUAUAUUAAUUUGAAUUAAAACUAAUAAUGUUUAAAUGUUAAAGGAGAGCCAAUACAAAUUAUAAAAAUAAUGCCUACAAUAUCUGAAAAAAAUUAAUAACACAGAAGAGAGAUUUCCUUUUGGAGGAACUGGUAUCUAACUGAGGUACUUUAUUUAAUUAAAUUAGAACAGACUUCCCAUUAAUGGGUGAAAAAAAAAGUCAUCAAACUAUUGUAUAGAAUACUUAAAUUGUAAGAAAAUGGUGGUGCAGUGGUGGUAUACUGGUCUUUAUACUUCUUUGAUAAUUUGUUAAUGGUUCAUACCCUAGGCAAAUGAGAAUUAUUUGAGUCAAAGUAAACAAUUUUAAGAAUAUUAUUUCCUCUCCUAAAAGCGGGUCAACUUCUGUUAAACAUUAAAUUACGUCUGAGUAAUAAGAAGAAAUAGGCUUGAAAUUUCAUGAGACUGAAGAUACUACAUUUCUGUAAAAGUAGUAAUGUUUAAGUCCUGAAUAAUGAAAAUUUCUGAAACUAAGCAGUUUACCUUGAUUUAGGUUUGUGAAACAGCAUUAAGAAUUAAAUCUUGACAAAACACCUGAUCUGUAAGUAAUGUGAACUAUUUGACAUUCUUCACUGAGGAGUGCAUUGUCUGACAGUAGCUGAAUGUAAUUUCUGGAAGGUCCUGGGACAUGCAUUCUAGAUUAUGGCAAUCAGGUCUUGGAUGUCCUUGUCACUCCCUCGUCAGCUAAUGAUUUUUACAUUACUGUAAUUUUCUAAGAUUAUUUUAUUGAUACUGUUACAACUUUUAAAAGAAUGUUUCCUGUCUGCUGCUAUAACUGACUAUUUACUUAACUGUAUCUUUUAGCUCAGGAAAUGACUUCUCCUAUUCACUCAGAACAAAACUUUAACAGGGUCACUAAAAUUGGGCUAUUUAGCAACUGUCCUAUUGUAACAAAUCGCUUUUGUAAGAUGCGGAGUUUCUAACGCCUUGGUUUGGCUAGAAUUCUUUUAUAGAACAUUAUGUUUCAUUAUUAAACUACCAGCAUUAUAAAGUAAAGCCUAAAUAUUGUGGGAGAUGCAGAAAAAUAUGAUUGGAUUUUUCUGAAAGGAUUCAAGUAAUGUAAAAACCUAUUUUCAGCUUUCAGUAGAAAAAGGGUUAAAGGGGUAAAUCAGUUGGAUAAUGGUGCAUGUUAGAAGGAUGAAGUCCUUUGCAUACUAAAGGUACAGUAUUGCAAAAGAACUGUCAUAUUACUGUUUGCUAAUACGUUUGGUCUUUUUUUUCUUUUUUUUUUCUUUUUUUUUCUUUUGUUUUAAUAUAGUUAAAAGCUGAGGCUAGCUGGCAAAUGUUUUAUACCUUAACAAAAUUUAAAACAUUUUUCUUGUUUCACUGGUUUUACUCCUGCUAUGUAUUUUUAUAAGAUACUGACUUUUAUUUUGUAUAGGGGUUUUGAGCUAGUAUUCCAAAUUAUAUAUUUCAUUUUUCUCUUAGUGCAGCUGAAAUAAUUGUAAGUUCUUGAUUAAACUGAUGUCAGAAACUGCAACUAAAAAAAAAAAAAGAGACAGAAAUAUGAAUUAUAACUGAUUGGUAUGUAAAACAUUGUAGGAUUUUUUCUUGACUGUAAUACAGUGAGGAGUGUGGGAAAGUUGUCAGUUAUUGUAAAUGGUGGACUUUAUUUGCUGUGUAACUAUGUAAAUGUUAAUUGGGAUUACAGUCCCUCAUUUUGUAUAUUGGAGCAAAAACUUCUAUUAAAUAAAGUAUGUUCUCUAAAGAUACAUACUGUAUCCUUUGUGGAGGCCAGAUGGUCAGUCAGCUGCCUUUUGUGCUUUGCAGUGUUUUCAAACAAAAAAAAAACUGUCUGAAACUUCCUGAAUUAAGACAAAUGCCCUGAGCCCUGGAGGGAGAAGUGUUUUUAAAUAAACUGCAUUAAGUAUCUUACUCGAUAUGUUGUUAGGGAAAUAAUUGGGUGUCAGCUGAUUUUGGGUGGCGUGCUUGUCUGGAAGUAGAUUUCUCGUAAGUCCUUGGUCUCUGAGGUGGAAGGGAGUUUUAAAUACUAUUCUUUCUGGACUACUUCCUUAAAAAAAUUUGUACCUUGCCACAAAAUAUGGAAGUUGCCCAAGGGGUUUCUUGUAUCACCACCUUGUGGGAAGGAAAACAGUAGGAAAAAAAAAAAAUGGAGUAUUUACAGCACUGAUGUGAAAGAGACUGACCAGAGUCCAGUCUUCCUUUCCAGAAGGAAAAGGUGCAGCUGGUUAAACUAUCUUAUAUGAUCUGGGAUCAUUCUUUGCUUGGAGCCCACUCUUCUUUUGUACUGAAAGUCAAUAAACUUGGAGUUUUAUGAAAGUUCAGACCCUGCCAUAUUUGUCAUUGUGAUGGCUGAAUUGGUAGCCUUUCACUGCCUGGAAGUGGUGACUCUUAGGUGUUGAGGUACUUGUGUGAAUGGUCAGAUCUAGUUGUGGUUUCAGACAUUAGUCAUAGAUCAGAUUGCAUCUCCUCAGGUGGCCUUCAGGUGAUGUUGGCACUUAGGGAUUUGGGGCCACUUCAGAUGCCCCACCACGAUCUGUGACAUCUGCAUAGCACUGGCAGAUGAACAUAACACCCACAGAUCUGUAUCCUUCUGGAGCAGCCACUUGAAGCUGGGUAUGACAUCCUGGUUUGUUCCUUGUGUCUCUGUCUCUGUUUUUCCACAAGUUUUCAAAAUGUUUCCACUUUUGCAUAUGCUUUGUUUGGAUUGUAUACAGAUGACCAUCUGUAUUGGUUGGUUAUUCUCUUUUGUGGUGAUGUUCGUGAAGUUUAAAACGUGAAGCAUCUGAAGCUUCUUGUUGCUUUCCUAAUCCCCUUACUAAAAUUAAAGAAAUAUUAUCUUGUGCUAUUUGGUCUGGUGUCUCAGCUGUAGAUACAAAAUGGUCAUGUGUAGUCUUACUAUUGAGCUUAUCCUUGUAAUUGAAUGAAAUUUUCAUUCAUGAAAAUUCAUGAAAUGUGUCAUCUUCAAUCUUCA